AUGGUUUGCUUGGGGGCGAGGGGUUGCCUGACAGCGGCUCUGUCUGCAUCACGCACUGGCAUUCCUGCUCAGUUGGCCUCGCGUGUGUUUGUCGUUUGUGACGCCGGUUUUAUCCCGUGUAUAGUUUCCUUCGUACUGCUUUGUCGCCGUUGGCUCGGGUGGGCGGGAUCCAUGUGCAUGGUUGCGUGUCUUGCUUCAUUGGAAAAGAGGUUUUUACCACCCACUAUUUCUUUUUGUGCCUACGGCGAGGGUUUUGGGCUGCCGGAGGGGUGGGGUGCUUCAGCUGGCAUGUUGGACUUUGUGGAGCGGGGUGGGGUCGUUGGCGUCGCUUUUGCAGUCGUGGGGACGUCUAGGUGUGGAGCAUUUGUUCCUGAUGGGAAGCUUUACUUGAAUUAUAAAAAUGGUGAUACGGAAGAGGAGGAAAAUUCCCACAGCGAAUCCUCAAAGGAAAGUUUCAAUAUAACGCUUUGUCCUCAGGACAGUCCUGCAUGCAAUUUUGCUUUCCUAAGGGGGAGAGGCUGCAGUGUACCCAAGAUACAAGUUUGUGUCCGGAAGCGGCCUCUGAGCAUUAAGGAGAUAUCUCAGAGUGACCCAGAUGUCAUUGAGAUAUCCCAACCAGGUCAUGUGACUGUUAACGAGCCUCACUAUCUCGUAGAUCUAAGCGAAUUCGUUGAGUCUCAUACAUUUCGUUUGGAUCACACUUUCGACGAGACAGUUUCCACAACGAAAAUGCUUGACCAUGUGCAGAUAUAUCAGAAGACAGCUGCUCCUUUGGUCCGAUCAAUUUUCCAAGGAUCUAUGGCAACUUGUUUUGCCUAUGGCCAAACUGGCUCCGGAAAGACCUUCACAAUGAGUGGUCCAGUUGAAGCAGACAACACUUAUCGGCUACUUGAAAAAGGUCUCUACGGAAUGGUCUACGAUCUCCUAAACCGUCGAAGUGUGGUGCGAGUUCUGGAGGACGCAAGUGGGGCAGUACGACUGCUUGGUCUCAGCGAGAUCGGCGUGGACACCUCGGAGGAGACGUUAACUCUACUGAAACGCUCUUGCCGACUUCGAACCAGUGGUCAAACUGCUCUAAACCUCACCUCCAGUCGAUCACAUGCCAUCUUUCAGAUAAGUCUGCGUUCUGGAGCCUCUCUGAUUGGUCGUUUCUCCUUGGUCGACCUAGCUGGCAACGAACGCGGCUCCGACCUCCCCAUUGCUGGCGCCGGGACCAGUUCCAGUAUCGCUAAGAGGCGUCGCAUCGAAAGUGGGGAGAUCAACAAGAGCCUCCUGGCUCUCAAGGAGUGUAUUCGCGCGAUGUGUCGCCUUCCUCGUGGAGGCGGGGCCGGUGCCACUCGCCUACCCUUCCGCAAUAGCAAACUGACACAGGUGUUGCGCGAGUCCUUUGUGGGACGGCGGGCGCGCACCUGCAUGAUCGCCACGGUGGCGCCGGGACUGAGUUGUGCUGAACACUCACUCAACACUCUGCGCUACGCCCAGUUGGUGAAGCGUAUGCCACCGUUUGAGUGCUGGCCGAAGGUAGCCGCCCAUACUGCACAAGUGGCGAGAUCGCCCACUCUCCUGUCUCUCCCAACCCAUCCCUCCGUGGAUGCUAACACAAAUGGAGUUGGAGGUGGGGCUGGCGGUGGGGUUAGGAGAAGCUGUAGCCAGGGGAGCUUCGAGUCUGCCUGCUCCUGUUGCUCAUGCUCUGUGGAGGACUCUUGUGAAGCUAAUCUCACUGCGGCCGGUGAUGCAGUGAAUACUUCAUCAGUCUGUGUUCCACGAACCUUCUCUGAUCUGGUUUCUCGGCACCAACAACUACUGAAGAAACUGCCAACAUGGGUGUCCACCCACCAACAACUUCUGGAACGGUGCAGAGAGGAUCCAAAAGCCUAUACGGAAAAGGUCUUCCAGUUAACAAGCAAACAGAUCAAACAUCUCGCGGAUCUACGAUACAUGGCACAAAACUUAAAUGAGGUUCCCGCGCGUGGAUCCAGUUCAUUGAGUCACUGA